CAAACAAGCAGAGAGUUGGAUGACGUUGAAGGAAAAGGUUGUUUUUGACGGUAGGGCGUUCGGGAUUUUUUUUUUGCCGGUAGGCAAUUUUGUGUAGAUUGUGGCUGUAUUUCAGCAGCAUUUUUGUGUACCUGAUUGACUGAAAUUUUAGACUGACGUACCUUCAAAAUGAUGGAGCAAGAGGUUUUGAAUGGCCAGGAAACCGAAAUCGUACCAGUUGAAGACCAAAAUGGCGUCGCGGAUGGAGUUUCUGGAACUGCCGGUGUCGAAGGCGUAAAUAGUGCGGACAGUGUAUCUGUUGAACAUAGAAUUAAACGGAAAGCUAGGAGACUGAUUAAGCAGUUAAGUAAGGAAGGUGUUACGAAUGGUAUUACGGUAGUGCAGGGCACUAGGCUGCUAAAGAACAGCCGAAGACCACGAAAUGGAUUUGUUAGGGGCCUGCCGAAGAAAGGAGGUGCUGGUGGUAAGGGUGUGUGGGGAAAAUUGGGGUCUGAGCUAGUUGAAGCUGAUGUUGACGUGAAUGACCCCAAUUAUGACAGUGACUCCCUCGACAAUGGUGACAUCGAACUGAAGACCAUCAUUCCUGAGAUAUCUGAUGAAGAGAUCCAGAAAGGUGCUGAGCCCAUAAUCUUGGAAUACUUUGAACACGGAGACACCGCAGAAGCAGCACUAGCAUUUGAUGAAAUUAACUGUGGUACAAAACGGUAUCUGAUUCCAGUGUUAGCUGUGGAAAUUGCAAUGGAUCACAAACCGUCCCACCGCGAAAUGACAUCAGUCCUCAUUUCUGAUCUCUAUGGACGUAUUGUAACUCAAAAAGACAUCGGCAGAGCUUUUGAGGUUCUGCUGAAGAACCUUCCAGAUUUGGUGCUGGACACACCUGAUGCAGCCACUGUCCUUGGCAACUUCAUAGCUCGAGCAGUGGCUGAUGACUGUCUGCCACCAAAAUUUGUCCAGAUCUGCAAGGAGAAAGUUGACUGUGAUCAUGCCAGACAAGCCCUGUCCCGUGCUGACACACUGCUCUCAAUGAAACAUGGAUUGGUACGGCUGGACAAUGUGUGGGGAGUGGGUGGUGGACUCCGACCUGUCAAGUAUCUCACUCGUCAGAUGACAUUGCUUCUUCAGGAGUACCUGUCUUCAGGAGAUCUUCAGGAAGCCACCAGGUGUCUUCUGGAUUUGGAAGUGCCUCACUUUCACCACGAGCUGGUGUAUGAGGCUGUUGUCAUGACGAUUGAGGCCAUCAGUGGCCACACCGAGGAAAUGAUGUGUAAAUUGCUCAAGUCUUUGUGUGCUGCCAUCAUAAUAACUCCCGACAUGAUGGAGAGGGGAUUUCUCAGGGUGUAUGAAGACAUGCCUGACAUAUGUUUGGAUGUUCCUCUAGCCUAUACAGUGCUUGAACGAUUUGUGGAGCGUUGUCAGAAGGGAGGGUUCCUCACAGAUGAGGUUAUCAGGAAGAUGCCUUCCAGGGGCCGUAAGCGUUUCGUGUCAGAGGGUGAUGGUGGUCGUGUGAAAAGUCAUGACUUUGUGUGAGGUUAGUUCUGGAGGUCCCCUGCAACCUCACCUCAGCAGUCAGGCCUACCAGUUUCAUCGUCCAUCCUUGUGUGACUGCUCAGGCAUCAGCCUGUUCAACUUGCUAGCUGGUGCUGGUAGUUGGACAGACAGUAAAUGUUUUCCACAAGUAUUCCUGAUGGCCAUUAUUGUUUCGACUAGUAGUGUGGCAACAUACAGGUAAAGAAGUAUGUGAAUUUCAUAAAUGUGGAAGUAGUGAGUUUUUGAGGCUUUACAGUUAACACAUUUUUGAAUUAAGUAUGUUGUCUGUCUUCUCUGGAUAUGAUUUACUGUCCUCUCCAUUUUUGCAUUUACUUCAUGAUGAAUAUAAAAAUGCUUUUGUGUGUAUAUAUUCGUGUAUGUUACUGGUAAUUGUUGGUGGGUGGAUGAGAGAGCAAUCAUCUUGUUUUUAGAGGAACUGCAGAAAUUCACAUUUUUAUUACUUAGUUCCAGAUUUUUUUUCUUCUUCUCUCCUCCUCACUCUGAUUUUCUUAUCAUUACAAUGACUUGACAAUCGUUACUGAAAGUUUGCAGUUACACUUUGUGCCCCCUUCCUCAUGGUGGACAAGUUACUUUAUUUAGGUUGCCUCUUAGUGGGUUUUUAAUACAAAAAAGUCAUUGGAAGAAAUUUAUUUCUUUGAUAAUACGUAUGCCAUGAAGUUUGUUACACACAAACUACUGCAUUUUGUACACUUAUGGAUUAAGGUAAUGGUAUUAACACAUGUCAUAGCAACAAAACAACUAAUUAUUGAAAUGACAAAAAGAGAAGCCAUUUUUUUUCUCUAUUUAUUUUGCUUUGGCAGUAUAAUGUUUCAGAGGAUAUUUGUGUACAGUUUAUAGUACACAUAAGACAAAGUGAUUUGAACGUAAAUGACAACUUUCAGUGUUGCAUUCAGUUAGUAAAUUGAUUUACUAAAAACAUUGCUGUAUUCCAGUGUUAUAUCAGCAUCUGUGUUCUUCAAAACUGAUAAACUAAUCUAGCCAGUAAUAGAAAUAUUUAACAGAUUUUCAUCUUGGAAUAAGUUGUUUUUGUAGGUGGAUUGUGUUUGUAGUUCAUCUGUUGCACAUGUCAGAGUUGGGAAACUUGAAGGUUCUUCAGUAUUCUAAUAUUUGCACUUGGUCUUUUAGCAUUUUCCCAGAUCCAUCACAAAUUGGAACUGAAGGAAAGAGAAAGUGUUUAGAGUUACUAGUGUUUUUGUUGCACAUUUGAGUUCUUGAAUUUCCUUCUGUAGCACAGAGUAAAGGUGUCUUACUUUGUUUUUAAUGGGUUGUUUUGAGGUAUCAGAUCACUCAAUAAAGAGGCCAUAGGAUGAAUCCAGGUCCAUUAAAUGCAUGGUCAGAUUCCUGAAUGCUGUGCCGAACUUAACAUGCAUGCUGUGUAAGUCCAGGUUUGUGAUGAAGAUCACUUUCUGUCAACAAAAUUAAGUUAUAUUCCACUGUCAUAAGAUUCUGAAUAUAAAUAAUUUUAUCAGCGUGUGUCAGGAUGUGUCACUUCAAAACAGUUGAAUAUGUGAGAGUUAAACUAGACUGAAGUUACUUGGUAUAGUAUCAUUACAGCAGAUGAACAUUUAUAAAUAGAAUUCUGGCUCCAAGCUUCACCCCAUCUGUCCCUAAUUGUGUGUCACAUUUAAAUGUUGUGUGCAGUGACCACUUAGUUACAAGCUUAAUUGGUAUGUUCUGGUCAUUUCAGCUAUGAGUGGGGUUGUACUGUAAUACCGUUGAUAAUAGUCAGAUUUUAACUACUGGAGUUUUAUACCACCAUUUUGAAUUAGGCUUAAUGUAUGGCGAGUGUAAGGACCUGAAGAUGUCUCCUGACAGUAUUUAGAACUUCCUGCUGUUGUCAUUACACUAUGAAGCAAAGAGCAAUUUUUCAGUUUCAAAUUUGGAUGGUUCUGAAUUUUUAGGGGCCCCAUGUUAAUUUAAUUUAGGAGAAGUAGGAAGAAACAGUUGAAUUAAAUAUAUGUACAUACAUACAGUAAACUGUUUAUAUAUAUAAUAAGAAAAAUUACUAAAAACAUAGAUAUGUUUUACUUCCUGGUUUAUAUUCUGAGUGAAAAAUUUGGCUUUACACCACUUUCAUUAUUUUAUGUAUAUUUGCAACAGUCAUCUUUGUACUGUUGGACAUUAAAAGGCAUUUUGUUUUGUAAUUUGACUCCUGUGUGUAUUUACAUAUAUAAUGUAAUAUAAAUUUUUCAAACAUUUGAAUAAUAAUAAUAAUAAUAAUAAUGUGUUAAAAAGAAGUUCCUUGACACCCAUGGUACAAAGUGAAGAAUUUUGUUAUUUUGCAACUCUGACGUUGCUAAGAGAAAAAGAACAGUUGGAAACCAUCCAAGUCUUUAUUCAUCUGGCCUACUUUCUUUCAUUCUUUCUUUCUUUCUUUGUGCAGUGAAUGUUUUGUUACCUUCAAUUACUGUUUCAUUGAGUUAUAAGUAUUUUCUUGUCCAUGGGACCAUGUUGUCUGUGUGGUAUUAUUUUAUGGAAUGAGAGAGAGAAAGAAUAUUGAGCAUGGAGUUUCAUGUUUGUGUCACUGCUGUCACCAUAUAGAUGGAUCAGAUAUGUACAGACAUAGAAUUACUUUCAUUCAGCAGCGGGUGAAGUGUUCAUGUCAUGAAGUGCAGGUAUAUAGUGUGGUAAAUAAUAAAUUAGUUCUUUUUCAGAAUAGGUGGAACUAGCAAGGAAUUUAAUGGAAAUAUUCAGUGUAGUCUUUGUUGGUGACUUGACUGUAGUUACUCUAGGAUGAGAGAACAGACUGGGCUUAAAGUGGUGUUUGGUACAGUACAUUAUUCAGCUGAGAUGUAUGGAAUGCAGUAAAUAUGCGCUUAUUAUACAAUACCGCGGUUUAUGUAUGGCUUGCUUCCUAAGAGUAAAUUUUGUUUGCAUAUUGAAAUCAGAAAAAGAAAAUGGAUGGCUGCUGGAUGUGACAUUCUCUAACAUAAUAUAAGAACAAAAUGACUUUUGUUUGGAGAGAAUGUUGCGCAGUAUACAAAUUUUAAUCUUAAUUAAGAAUGUUCUCUCAGCCUUAGAAACUUCAAGUUGGAGUUGCUGAACAGUAUGAUCCUUUAAGCUUUGUGCGUUGAUUGAGGAUAAAUAGAAAAGUAACAGCAAAGUAAAAUCAGGUGUAUUUUUGUUUUCAGUUUUGCAAUGUAUUGAAUAUUUAUAUACCUGAUUUUUGGUAAUAUUACUUACUAGCAGUUGUUUUCAUUGUUAUUUUGAAUGAGGUAUUUCUGAUAAUUAGAGGAUUUCAGAAUGUUUCACUUUAUGUUUAACAUAGAAGUUUGUUUAUUGUACAGUUACUUCAUUAUAUGUUUGAAACUAUAAUGUGUAAGUUUUGGAAAAUCCAUGAUUUGACUUAAUGAAAAUAAACACACUUCCAUGUUUUGGCUACAA